AGAAGCGCUCGUGUUCAGGAGUUGUGUUCAGUACUGUUCGGACGGCCCAUGCGCUGGAGCGAGAGCUCGCCUUUCAAACCUCCGCAAGAAACACUCAGGAUAUGUACUUUCCCAGUUAGAGUACAAAUUACUUUCAACUUUUCGUUUUGUUGAUCUCAAUUUUCACUGAUAAUGGCAACGGCACGUUUUCGCGUUGUAUUUUUUAUCUCCGUCCUGGGCCUCGUGACGGCAUCUGAUUCACCCUGGUCACCGGAUGAAGACAGGAACAAAACAUCUCGCCAGCGUUCUUGCACAGAGAACCAGGAGUACCUACAUGACAACAUGUGUUGCAAGAACUGUGAAGCUGGUACGCAUGUGAAAACGCCCUGCGUCCGGGAUUCUGAGAUGGGCACAUGUGAGCCCUGCGAGCCCAGUACCUUCACAGAGCACUCCAGUGGGAUGGACCGGUGCCUUCAGUGCAAGCAGUGUCGCAAGGAUGAGCAGAUGGUAGCGGCGUGCACUCGCACCAGGGACACGCAGUGUCAGUGCAAACCCGGCACAUUCUGCGUGCCGGAACAGGCCUGCGAAGUAUGCAAGAAGUGCACCCGGUGUAAGGCGGAUGAGGAGACGGUGAUUGAGUGCACAAGCACCUCCAACACAGUGUGCCAGAAAAGAGACAGCUCUUUGCCUGCCCAGCCCACCCCCACGACUGAACCGCCUGGUUCAGGGAAAGGACCUUCUCUACUUUUAUUACUACUGCUGUUGUUUAUACCGCUUGCAAUAUUUGGAGGCAUCCUUUUUUGGCGGAGAAAGAAACAAUCACGCCAAAACCCAGUUACUCGAAGUCAUGAGUGUGACAUGGUAAAAAUUCAAAUGACCAGCACAAGCGAACAGACGACAGAGGAGAAGCAGAACAACCACAACGCCAGGAGGGAAGAGCCCAGCCAGGAAGAAACGCCCCUGUUGGUGGAGACGCGGCCGCUCGCCAAGCCUGUUGCCGCAGAGGACGAGGAUAAAGGCCUGGGAGACAGCUUACCCAAUACCACCAGCUCAUCUCAGACCAGUCUGUCUGCCCUGCAGACGGUGCCCUCCUCCAGCAGCACCCCCCGCAACAGCCCAGAGCCACAGCGGCAGCUGGACUCAAAGGGUGAGUUUCAGCGCAGGAGACUUAUUCCCUUGAAGGGUGAAGAAUCCUUGAAGAAAAGUUUUGACCUUUUUGAACAAUUCCUGGACGUUAAGAUCCAUAAUAGGUUCUUCAGAAGUAUAGGACUCAGUGAUAAUCUUAUAAAAAACUCCUUGAACACUCAUCCUGAAGACAGGGUUUAUGACCUUCUCAAAGCCUGGAUGCAGCGGGAAGGGCUAAGUGCUGACAUUAAUGACCUUAUUGAUGUAUUGUUUAAUUUAGAUCAGAAAUUUUCAGCAGAACAUAUAAUUUGUAAGGCAGUUGAAAAUAAAUAUUAUAAGUAUGAUGAGGAUUGCUGUUAACUAAUACGGCUGUAUUGCUACUUGAAAAAAAGAGGGAUGAGUAGGGUUCCGCUAUCAGAAUGGGGCCUUUCUUAUACGUAAAACAACCUCAGGUAUGAGUCCUUGGUGGAAAUGAGGAAGCGUUGGCCUCUCCUCAUAUUCACACGAGGGCUGGUGCACGUAACUCACUGUCCAUUGCAGUUGGUUCUUUCACUGUGUAUAAAGAACUCGAUGUACACUGGUUUGAAAUGAAAUGCCACACUUGUGGCCUUCUUUUUUUGUGCCCUGAAUAUACUUGACUAUUUAACAUGUAGAAACAUCUGCAUUUAGACAAUAGGAAGUGUCAGUGUAUUGUUCUAUUUGAUGAUAUUUCAGCAGUGUUUGGACGACUUGAUCUCAAAAGUACGUCUGUGAGCAUGAGAGAUGUCUCCAGAAUCUUUUGUGGACAGAGUUGGAACAAAAAACAAAUUCUUUACAUGUAUUUGUCUUUAGUGAAAGAAGGUGUUUGUUGUGUGUGGUUUUUUUUUUUUUUUUUUUAAACAUUUCUGCUUGUCUCAAACUUGGUUUUUAGUUCAUGUGUGUAUAUCUGAAGAAAAUUGGUUGAAUGAAAAGCUAUUUAUCUUAAAAUUUCUAUGAUUUUAUUUUAAAUUGUAGGGGAAAUAAACUUUCAGUUACAAAAUUUAUUGCUUCAGCUCAGUCAGGUGCAUUCUAUGUGGUUGCUGUGAAUUGAGCAGAUUAAAAAGAAGCUGGUUUAGUACCCCAUUAAGAGUUACACACUCAACACGUCAUUUCCUGACAGGUAUUUCUACUAAAUUGAAUACAUAAAUGCGUCCACAUUCAUGGUACCGUAAAUGUAAAGAAAUACUUUUCUUAGCUCAAAAGACUGGAAGAAUAUCUUCUUCAACAUAUAA